AUGGCUGAUCACUUCGCGUUCACCACUAGCCAAGCCACCAGCUCUCUCAAGGAUACCAAGAAUGCCGCAGGCUGUCACAAGGAGAUGGCGGCGCUCGAGGUUAGAGAAGAGUACACAAAGCCGUAUAGAAACUUCUCCCGAGACCGCUUGAACGCGCCUCCGGGCUCGAAUUUUGAGAUACUCCUGGAAGCCGACAAAACGCUAGUAGCCCUAACCGAAUCAUACGUUUCCGCUGUAGGAAAGCCCCAAUAUUUGGCACUUUGCAAAGUCCUGAAUCAUCUCAGCGAGAAAUUCUGUGGGGAUAACGAGCCCAUCGUCUUCGUGGAGCAUCACACAGCAUAUCUCAAACAUCAUCCCAACGGAUACUUUGACUGCUCUCCGGAUAUUCCUGCCAUGUUGAAGUCUAGAUUCUUGACCUACCCGUCCACUUCCCCUUGCAAAUGCGCCGAGUGGUCCGAUCUGGAGACCGUAGUCGAAGUCAAGAACGAGCACGAAUACUUGGAUGGCAUAACGCAACUGGCCGCAUACCUUGGACUAGCAAAUCAAGCUCGACCAGACAAAGUUGGGAUAUACGGCUUGAUCACAUCGCCGAGUGGGUACCAGAUACAAUAUAGCGAUGCUGGCGGUCUGACUACAUCGCCGUUCUCCGAUUGGGAACACCUCGUUCCCUUGGCGUCCUAUGUGUAUACGCUCUAUUUUCCGCUUCCAGGACGCCCUCAUUGCGACCCCACCAUCAUUCGCUCGCUCACUCGCAUAGCAGGUAAACCGACCUGGGAUGUCACGUUCAAAGGCGAAACAUAUCCUGCAUGCGAAGUCAAAUUCGUCGGUGGACCGUGGGGACGCAUGACGUGGGUGGCCCAAACAGCGGGUGAUUACCCCACCGUCAUCAAGGAUUCCUACUGGGCGUAUGGCCGGACAUUCAGAGAAGGGGAAUUGUAUGAUGUUCUACAGGACGGCAAACCGGCACCAGGCUUCGUGCGGGUGAUAACACACGGAGACGUCUUCUAUGAGGAGGGUCCUAUUACCUCUAUCAAUAUCGAACCCCAUGUAUAUCGAGUAAAGACCAGGCUUGUCAUGGGGACGUCGGGCGACCCAUUGGCCAAGACCCCAAGUAUUCAGCAUUUUCUCAUGGCUAUGUACGAUAUCCUGGAAGCUCAUCGUUGGGCAGUCAGAAAGAGAAACGGCAUUCAUCGUGAUAUAAGCAUAGGUAAUAUCAUAAUCAACCCCAAGGACAAGUCGAACGCACACCUGAAUGAGAGUGGUCGACCCAUAUUUAUCAACGAGGUCCUUACCAAGGCAGAACAUGCGCCGCCGGUGGCGCGUCUGUAUGAUUUCGACAACGGGGCUGAAACCGACCGAAAGCUUGCGCAGCCGCCGGCAUUCAAAGAGUCUCUGGAGCGUAGUCCCGAUCAUGAACACCUUCGCCAUAGAAUGGGCACUCCGCGCUAUAUGGCUCGUGCAGUUGCCGCGGGAUGUACUCUUGGACGGACCUGGAAUGGUUUCAAGCGCAUGCCAUCAUUGCCACCAGAUCUCCUCGAACUGUACAAGACUGCACACCUCCCUGCGGACGUAGACCUUCUGCGCCAUUUCGAGGAUUGUCAUGGCACAACACACGGGGUUCCCCAGAAUAGCGGCGAAUACGACGAUGACGACGACGACGACGACAUCCAAGUAUUCCAGCAUCUCCCUCGGCACGAUGCAGAGUCGGUAUUCUGGGUGAUCGUAGUGUUCCUCCUCCGCGCUCUACCCCUUGGCCAACGCCCCAAAGAAGACAUGAACGGGCGGUUCUUAACUCCGGCGUGGGAGUGCAUCGCAUCACACGAAAUUAAAUCCGACCCAGGCAACUUCUCUGUCGACCUUCGGGCGAUGCUCCUAGAUCCCAAAGGUUGGAAACAGAAUCUUCACCAAAGACUUGAAGACCUCGCUCCCAUGAUGAAGGAGCUCAUUGCGCAAGUAAGGCCUGAAUAUAGUCAUCUUCCAACCCCUCCAGACGACUUCCACCUUCAUGAAGCGAUGCAGCGCAUCCUACUCAAAUACGUUCCUAAAUUUGCCAACGACUCCGACAUCCUUUUGGAUACUGAAGCAGGCCGCCUCGUCCUUAAACCGAUGGAUUCCCCAAUGCACAGAGCAUCUACUGAGAUUCCUCUAGCGUUUGCAGUGAGCUAG